GGAAUCACGAUUCACGAGUUACUAUUUACGACGCGCAUCAGCCGUACGCCAUGGCCGCGCCGAUAAGCCGUUAGCGUUAGCAGUCGCCAGUCGCCAUUUCGCCAGUCGACAGUGGCGUACAGUCGUCGUCGAGUCGUGGCUGUCUCACAGAUUAGAGCCGCAUCGGCAGUUGCCGCCGUUACGAUACCAAGAUGUCCACAGUCGCAAGUAUCGCUAUCACGUGAUUACGGGAGUUGUGAACUUGUGAGCCAUAGAUCCUACAAUUUAUGGUUGUGACUUAGUGAGUACACCCAGAUUACCGAUAGUGGCAAACGCCGAGAUGAUAACGCGCGUGCAGUGAGAGCGCGGCGACUGACUUUUAAAACUUUUUUUAAUGUAAAAGUUCCGGCGCCGCGCCGUUUCAUAACUUUUCAACAAGAAUUUUAUGUUUCUGACGUUUUUCACAACCUAGAGACGUUACACAAAACGGCAAGUACACGUUAUUAUCAUCGUCGUUGUGCCGCACAGUACUUAUUAAGGACACGUACAUAGGCAUGUGUUUCAUACCGACGAUUAAUGCGUAUUCGUCGUUAUUCUUUAUAGUCAUCAAACAAACGAGUACUGCAGACUCUUCAUUAACGACCAGUGAUAUCGUCGAGAAAGUGAAUGCGAUAGAAUGGCAUACUAUUACUAUUAUCAAACACCACCCGACCCAUUAUCGCCUCAACCAACCACAGAAGAAUUAUCAUCACCGCAGUCAUCUUUAUUAAUGCUAUCUUCUCCGCCACAACAACAACGAUUGAAUCUUCCACUUCUCUCAUCAGUUCUUCCAUCGGUAACAACAUCAAUGCCAAUAAUGACAACGACUACAACUACUGCUGCCAUAGAAAAUAAUGAACAGCAGCAGCUACCCACACCAAAUACAUUCAUUAGGCAUUGUGAUGACAUGGGUUUAUUUCACGAUUUACAAAAUAUUGUAGUAAUGUCUUCAUUAACUGGACMAUCAGGUGAUACAACUAUUACUAAAGCYCCUGAUUCUACUGCUGCUACAAAAGUCACCACAACAACAUCAACAGAACAAUCUACUUCUUCAAAUUUAUUUGACUCGUCGUCAACAGCAAUUGUGACAACCAUGAUGAUGGCCAAUCCGUUUGACGAAACAUUUAAACAAGCAGUAUUACAACAACAAAAAAAUGAAGCUAAUUCUUCAGAUAAUAUUUUCAGUCACAACAAUAACAAUGAUGGGGAUUUAAACACCCCAUUUAUAUCAACAACCUCUGUUGUUAAUACGUCCAAUAACAACACUACUUUAAAGACUUCAAUGUCAGUGGAUAUAAUGUCAACAACUGCAGUAGUAGAAUCUAAUAAGAUGACUAUGACAACUGUACCUCAAUCGCAACACCAAAAUAUAUUCAUAACAUCAACAGCAGAAGCACAAUCUAGAGGUGUAUUAGUUAUGAUGGUAGAGCAUCCACAACAGYAACCAUCACAUAACUCAACUCUUCCUUUACAACCUGAACAUCAACAAGACCAACAAAUUAUCGAACAACAUCAGUUUAUUAUUCCAACAACUACAACCACAACUAAUGUCAUUGACACAACAACAAUAACACACCAGAAUCAAGAAUUUUAUGAGGAAGAAGUCAAUGAUGAGAAUGGUGGUAUUAUCAUCAAUGUUAGAAAUGAUACGACUACAAUUAAACAGGCUUUAAAACAGAAUCUAUUGGUGAAGCAGAUGCUACAGCAAAGACGCCAGAAGCCUCCACUCAUUUCUGAAAGUCAUCACGAGCUUGGUCUACUACUGCAGCAUCAGAAUAAUGAUGACAUUGAUUUGGUUGUUACAGAAAACAAUAAACUAGAACACGCAGUCUAUAAUGUUCAUGGCCAGGAAGACAAAGACCAGAACAAUCAAAAGCAGCAGCUGAAACUGAAACGAAAACAAGAAAUUUUAGAAAGAAACAGGACAGCCGCCAAACGGUGUAGAAUAAAACGAAAGCAGAGGUGGGAGCUGCUUUCAGAAGAGAAUCGAAGGCUAAAAAUUGAAAAUGGCCGAUUGCGUGACGCUCUUUCAAAACUUGUGAGUCAUAGAUGCAGUAACUUACAGCAACAUCAAAUGGAACAGCCAGAGAUAAUACAAGAAAUAUUUAAUCAUACUGAUGAUGCUUAAGAUCAUGAUAGGUUGAUGCACUAAUAUUAGUGCUUAAGAAGUAUUAUUUACUUCUCUAUAAUAUUAUUACAAGUGCUUGGAUUUUAUAGCAUUUACUAAUUGUUAUAUGUACAGAUAAAAAUAGCAGAGUAAGCUAUAAAUUUGUUUUACAUGUUGUGGA